UCUUUUUUACUUAUUUUACAAAUUUAACUAUAUAAGUGUAAAAGCAAUAAAAAAAAAUUAUAUACGCAUGUAGUCACCAAACCAACAACAAUUAUUUAUUCACACGAACACACAAAAACAAAGAAGAAAAUUUAACACAUUGUUUAGUUAUUUACAAUGGAGAUCACAAUCUCGAUCAAUCCUAUCUUGGCACUACUUGUCUUGAUCCUUGCUCUCAAGAUAUACGACGCUUUUAUGAUACUAGUUUGGCAGCCAUUUGUGUUGACCAGAAGAUUCAAGAAACAAGGAAUCUCAGGCCCAAAGUACAGAUUCUUGUACGGAAACAUCGGCGAAAUAAAGAAGAUGAAGAGAGAAGCUCAGCUUUCGAUUCUUGAUGCCAGCUCCAAUGAUGUUUUUUCUCGUGUUCUUCCUCAUUAUCAACAAUGGAUAUAUAUAUACGGAGAGACAUUUCUUUACUGGAGCGGAACAGAGCCGAGGAUAUGCAUCUCAGAUCCUGAACUUGCAAAACAGAUCUUGUCAAGCAAGUUAGGUUUCUUUGUCAAAUCACAGAUAAGACCCGAAAUCAUCAAACUUGUCGGCAUCAAAGGACUGGUCUUUGUCGAAGGUACUGAUUGGGUUCGCCAUAGAAGAAUCUUGAACCCUGCUUUCUCCAUGGAUAGGCUCAAGAACAUGACGAACGUUAUGGUGGCUUGUACGCUCAAGAUGUUAGAGGAGUGGAAAGAAGAGAGGAGUAAGAAAGAAACAGAGCAGUCAAAGAUUAUAAAGGAUAUGAACAGAGACUAUCAAAGACUAACCGCCGAUAUAAUAGCAACAGCUGCGUUUGGAAGCAGUUACGUCGAAGGAGUCGAAGUGUUUAGAUCACAAUUGGAGCUUAAAAAGUGUUGUAAAACUUUUCUCACCGAUAUGUUUAUCCCUGGAAGUCAGUAUCUUCCGACGCCUUUACGCUUUCGAAUAUGGAAGCUGGAGAGGAAAAUGGAUAACUCAAUUAAGAGGAUUGUCAGUUCGAGACUACAAUCAGAAUCAGAUUAUGGAGACGAUCUUCUGGGAAUCAUGUUGAAAGCUUACAAAGCUGAAGAGAACAAACGAAAGAUGAGCAUCGAAGAGAUCAUACAUGAAUGCAGAACUUUCUUCUUCGCAGGUCACGAAACCACUUCGAAUCUAUUGACAUGGACAACGAUGUUACUGUGCUUGCACCAAGAUUGGCAGGAGAAACGCAGAGAAGAGAUAUUCAAAAAAUGCGGUAAAGAAAAAACCCCAGAUUCAGAAACUUUCUCCAAACUCAAAAUGAUGAACAUGGUGAUCAUGGAAUCACUUCGACUUUACGGACCGGUGUCAGCUUUGUCCCGAGAAGCAUCAACAAAUAUAAAAAUAGGUAACGUAGACAUUCCCAAGGGCACAACCAUAGUCAUCCCGCUUCUGAAAAUGCAUAGCGACAAGACCCUUUGGGGAUCCGAUGCGGACAAAUUCAACCCAAUGCGGUUUGAAAACGGCGUUUCCAAAGCCGCUAACCACCCAAACGCUCUCCUAGCGUUCUCCGUCGGACCAAGAGCUUGCAUUGGCCAAAACUUUGUCAUGAUCGAAGCCAAGACAGUGCUCACCAUGAUUCUUCAACGGUUCCGGCUUCGCCUCUCUAGUGAGUAUAAGCACUCGCCGAUAGAUAACCUCACUAUUCAGCCUCAGUACGGCUUACCCGUAAUGCUUCAGCCUCUGGAAGACUGAAAUAAACUGCCCAAAUUAAUCGAAUCUCUUAAUGAAACUACUACAACACUACUACCUUAUGGUGUGUGCUUAACUCAUCCUUAUCAUAUAAUUGGGCUUCUACAGUCUCAAUUUGUAGCCCUUAUGGGCUAAAUAUACAUUGUGGGUACUUAAUGUGCUAAUACUUACUCAUAUGCAUAAUUCAUAGUA